AUGGAGCUGGAGCUGGGGCUUGCGCCGCCCAACCACGCGGGCCCGUGCGGGAAGAGGAGAUCGGCGGAGGCGUUUGGCAUCAAGAAGCCCGCGCUGCCACUCUUCCUGCGCGACGACGACGACGACGGUGACCACGGCAACGGCGCUGGCGACGCCCGCGACUGGGAGACGGACAGCAAGAGGAAGAGGCUGGUGGGGUGGCCGCCGGUGAAGAGCGCGCUCCGCCAGCGCAGCCGCAGCAACGGCGGCCACGUGAAGGUGAAGAUGGAAGGGGUGCCCAUCGGAAGGAAGGUGGACCUGUGUGGCCACGCCUCCUACGACGAGCUCCACCACACGCUCCACCUCAUGUUCCCCUCCCCCGCUCACCAAGGUGAUCCAUACGCCGUCACCUACGAGGACGGGGACGGGGACUGGAUGCUCGUCGGAGACGUGCCGUGGGAGUAA